GAUAGGAGUAGUGUUAUCUUGAUGGAUGCGUGCAUGCCUGCACCAGUAUUCUUAAGAUAGAAAUCCACUUCAACUUUUAUCUUAUCUCAGAGUCCAACUACAGCUAUUUAUCUUCAAUCUUCAUAACAGCUUAUCGUGGAUGAUUAUGCAAAUGUACGUCUUAUGGAACAGGCGUUCCCUAUGAUCUUUCCAGAUAUGGCUUCUUGUUAUCUGUGUUAAUACUUCAUUUGCUGCCUGGAAGAUAGCUAAGCCAGCAGUGACUCACAAAAGUUGCAGUGUGUUGCUUGUUUAUUAGACAACCAGAUUUUUGACGUUUCUCUGAUACUCAACAAACUGAGGGAGAUAUCCCCCCUCUGUUGCUUGCGUGCCUUCCUGCUGAUUGCCAAUAGGAGCCAACUUCAAGUCAUUUCUCCCAUUGGAAUCUUUCAACUUCGUACAUGCUGCCUUAUCUCUGGGCAACAGAUGUGGCGGUAAUAAUUGAAAAAGUUCUACAUGGCUGAUUAACCACUGAGUGAUAAGCUCAAACAUGAGAAGUAACUAGGAUAUCAAGAAAUUUGGGACCAAUGAUCAUGUGUUGUAGAACUGGAGGGUGGUGAUAGAUAACAGAUUCAGAGAGCAGAUGUGAAUCAGUGAUUCUGUGGUAUACUUGUAAACUGACAAAGCCUUAUGUGCAUGUAUAUGUACUCAGAGGCUGAAGGAGUGCCAAUGACAGUUCCUGUUUCCUUUUUGGUGAAGAAACAUUCUAGUGCAUGAAUGAACUGAUGCUUUUUUUCUGUCAGUGUUAAAAGAUCUUAGUCCACUGAAGAAGAGGAACAAGGGAGACAUUACAAUAGCCAGAAAUUUACCAGGUGGCCAGAUAUGGUGUGAACUUACCAAACCAGUUGAAGAGAAUGAAACAUUGAUUGGAAUAUUUCAACCAUCUUCUCCAUUGUCAGAAGCAGGGGAAGAAGAAGAAGAAGAAGAACUUAGUUCUUUGCAAAAAAAUAAAACACUGACGCCUGGUGGAAUGUCAGAGGUUGAUGAAAGUUCAAAUAUGUCUACCAUAACAGUAAAUAGGGAGCUGUCUAGUCCAGACAAAGUGAUAAAAGUAAAAAUGUCUCCAAAAGCAGCUGCAGGAAAAAAUGCUCAUCCCUUGAUAUACGGGUGUGCAUUUUGUGGUGUGAGGUUUAGCAGUCCUAGUACACUGGAGGCCCACCAAACCUUCUACUGUACCAAAGUAGCCAGAAUACCACUAGCACCUGCUAGGUCACCAGAGCAACACACAGAAGAUGUGUCAACACUGCCAAAUAAUCCAAACAAGAGAAUGGCAACCUCUCAAGAUCUCCUUGAACCCAGUACAAAAAUUAUCAAGAGAGAAGUUUCAUCACCUCUUAUGUCAGCACCAACAACACCCACACCCCCUAUGAUUAUUAUACCCAGCCAGCCACCCAUCAGCAAUUUAUCACCAAGGUUGUCCAGUCGUGGCAGUUCAGGGUCAAGGUCACCAGCAUCAAGGUCGCCCAGUGCAAAGAUGUAUGAGUGUGGGAAAUGCACCUUUAAGGCAGACACUGAGAGUGCAAUACAACGCCAUAUGGUGUUACACGGGUCGCCAGCGCAAGAUGGCAGCACCAGUGGUAGCAGUGACAGUGAUGGUAAAGCAUCCCCAAAAGAUAACAGUUUUUGCAAAGAGUGCAAUAUCCAGUUCACAUCGUAUGAUACAUUCCAAGCACACAAGAUGUAUUACUGUGGUUUAAGACGCAUGAAACAAGGAAGUCAGCCAUCUCCCACUGGUGCUUCACCUGCACCCCCGACAUUAGAUAUAUCCAAUCUAAUACCAGGUCACCCUCUUCUGUCACCUGGGACAACCAUCACCAUAGCAACACCCACAUCAACUGGAAUGUCUCCUCACACAGUGGUGCUUACAGCACCAUUGGUGCCUGGGUCUGGUGCUACAGUCAUUAUGCAGCCUGUGUUUGUACCCAGCUUGCCUGCCAUGCAGAACACUGUCCAAGCUCACCAGAAUCAGGUGGCUCUCAAGAAAGCUGAAGAUGGGUCGGGGGAUGAACAGCCAUUAGAUUUGAGCAUAAAAAAAGCAGGUGAAAGCCCUGGUGCUGUGGAAAAUGUUGAUGUCCUCAAUUUGAGCAGGCAAUCUAGCAGCAGAAAUUUAUCAGGUUUAUCUACAGCUGAUGACCAGCCACAAGAUUUGAGCCUUAAAAAAUCUUCAGAGUCUUUAAGUGAGGGAAACAAACAGCAUACUUCACUGGCAACAACAAGUGGGCAUCCUGGAUCACCCACAGGAAUCCCCUCACCCAUACAGCUUAAGGCAGGCAUGUGCAAAUGUGUGGACUGUAACAUCGUUUUUUAUAAAUUUGAGAAUUAUGUUGCCCAUAAGCAAUUUUAUUGUUCAGAACGCCAUGCCAGAGUGCCCAUAGGCCAAAUCGUAAUGCCAGCUAUCCCUGCAAAAUCACCAAAUAAAAAAAGGAUCAUCCAGCCAAGUUCAGCAUCUAAAUCUGAAGACCAGGAAGGUGGCAAAAGUGUUCAGUCAGUUCAGUCCAUCAGAAAUCACACUUCACCCAGAACCUCAGCAAGACUGUUACAAUAUCUGUGUGAGCCCUGCAAGAUCAGGUUCAGCAGCAUGGAUACGCUGGAUGCACAUAAGCAGUUCUACUGCCCAUACCGUGAGACUCAGGUCAACCAGGAAGCAACCACCCCAGACCCAGAAGAGCAAACCAGUCCAAAGAGUGCACAAAGUGAGACCAAUGAUAACCCAGUAUUCUGUCGAAUCUGUGGCAAGGUUUUUGCUUCAAAGCGUCAGCUUACUGUGCAUGCCUGUUUAUCUGAUCCCUCAACACUUGUAAUCCUUCAGUGUCCGUAUUGUGAUUACAUUGGACCUUCUGACAAUCGUUUGAUUGAACACAUGAAAGCACAUGAACCGUCAAAAGUAUUUAAGUGCACACUGUGUGGUUAUCGUGGCAAUACUGUGCGAGGCAUGCGUAUGCAUGGGAGAAUGCAUAUUGAAAAUGGUGAAGAGUUUACAGAUGAAAAUAUGGCUGAAUUUGAAGAACCACCCCAAAUUCCAAAGCAACUCCAUCAUGCCGCACAGGGUCCAAUUCAUAGAGCUGAUAUUUCAGAAGAAGAACUCUUACGAUUGAAAAAUGAGCCAUAUAAAAGGAGAAAGUCCAGGAAGGCCUAUGAGAAGGUUGAUGACAUUGUUGCACAGCAGAAUGUUUUCCCACAGCCAAUGAGGAAGCAACCUCCACAUGAGUGUGGAAUAUGUGGGGAAGUUUUUCCUGAUACCAGCAAACUUCGCCAACACGUUAGGAGUCAUGAAGUUUCAACAUACACUUGCAAAUCAUGUGAUUUCAAGACUAAUGCCAAGUGUGACCUUGUGCACCAUGUCAAAAUCACACAUGAAGGUCAAAAAGAUGAGAAUUCUUUUGAAAAUGGCCAAUUGAAUGACAAAGGUAAUCAUGAUGCUGAGCAGUUAGUUAUAAAGAUAGAACCAGAAUUGAGUGGCUGUCUGACUGACUCUCAAGAUGGUAGUAGUCUACACAAUGGCAUGAACAUGGGUGAAGAUUUACAAAGUCAGGAGAGAGCGCCAACCAUGGAAGAAGAUGAAGUAGCAGAAUCUUCAGGUUCUCCAACUGAAAAUAACCAUGAUUCACUCAGUAUUGCCAAAGAUUCAGCUGAAAAUAUAAAAAUGGAGACAUUAGAUGAGGAAGGAGACAAUGCUGAAACGUUUGAAAGUAAAAAUGUUUCAAACAGUUCUUCCAUUUUUAAAGGUAAUAAUACUGAGAUUUUGGAGAAGGAGAAAGGAAAAAAGGAUUCUCUACUUUGUCAACUAAAUGAUACAAAUCAAAACCACAAAUCCACAGAGGCUUUGAUGGACUUGGUAGCAUUGAAGAAUGAUAAAAAUAGUCCAAAGUAUUGCAAGCAGUGUGACAUUACCUUUUUGUAUUUAGCCACAUUUAUUGCUCACAAGAAGUAUUACUGUAAGGCCUUGCAGCAGCAACAGAAUGGAGAAAUUACAAGAGUCUGAAAGCUACUGAACCUGAACAUGUCUCAGGCCAUGUAUUCACAUAUUUUUGUUUGUAUUAAUGUUUAAACAGAUAUUUGUUAUGUUGCUUUUAAUGUUGAAAACUGGGUACCAAAUCUUAUUUUUUAACUUUUGCUUAAUCAUGCAUAAGAGCCAUAACAUCAAAAUGUUAAUGUCGAUGAUGUCUGGACACAGACAGUUUAAGUUAAUAAUGACCUGAAGGUAACAGCUUGGUAUAAGACCUUUCUAGUUUUUUAUAUACAGACACUACUGUAUGUGUCUGUUUAUAUGCUUAUCAAUGUCUGUCCAAGUCAUUUUUGUUGCUAUCGCCAUCCAACUGCUGAAUCAUAUUUUUGUUUCAAAUGACACACCGACUGCCUUUGUUUGUUGAAAAGACUGGACUCUUUUGAAUAUCAGCAAUUUUUUUUGGCAUGUGUUAUAGUGACAUUUGCCCCUUAAGUGCCAUAUUUUUGUUUUACUUCAAAUGAGCUUUUGUGGAAAGGCAGGUUCCUUCGAAAAUCAGCAUGGCCAGGUUAUUUUUACAUGUAUUAUUAAUAACAUUACAGUUGUAAUGAAAUUUUAUCUCCCAAUUUUUGUAAACUGGUGAUGUUUCAUACAGCUGCCCAUUGCUCUUUUAACCCAAUAUACUGGGCUAGGUGAGGGGUUGUGAUGUGUUAAAAGCUGUAUUUUGUUUAGGUAAAAGGAAGCAUUAUGUGGUUUCUUUGAGUAUUUGUCUCUCUAAACAGCAAUGUGCAUUCCUUCUUUAAAGGCACUUUAGCUGAAUAUUUGUCUGAAAGUUGGGGUUGGUUCUCUCUUAUAUAUACUGUGAAAUUUCUGUUAUUAGUUAACUCAUGGCUUACUUAUAUAUGGUAUUGCAAGUGUUCUAUGAACUGAAGUGUCCAGGUGAAGAUAUGCGGACCAUGUGUUCCAUACAGCUGUGUGUAUUAUUGUGUACUGAUGGUUGGUCAGCAAACCCGUAGAGAUUGCAGAUAGUGAAUUGCAUUGCCUUUACCUUUAUUAGGACAGACCAUCCCUGUUGUUACAUUUAAAAUAUGUUAAAAUAUUUGAGAAUUUAAUUGAACUCUUUCACCAUUCAUCUUAUCAGGACAUAGCCAAUUAUUUGAAUUUCUUUCUUUUAUGUCUGUAUAUAUGCCAUCUUCGAUGUCUAAUUUCUUCACAUGACAUGUAAAUAAUUAAUUGUAAGUUUUACCUCUUUAAAUAUAUUCUAGCUUCUCAAGUAUUUUUAAAAAUAAGGUGUGAACUCAUGAUUAACCAAAUUAUUUUUCAAUAACUGACAAAGAAUUGUCUGUUCAAUAGCUGGAUGUUUAAGGUACUGAUAAUGUUUUUUUAUGAAAAACAAUUCUUAAUAUUUGCCGGCAUGCAUUUAUUUUGUCUGUGCCAAAUUACUGCUCUGUUUAUACCAAUAUGUUAAAGUCAAAGAUGAAGUUUUUUUUUUUUACAAUUUUGUUGCAGUAACAAGUAUUCUUGUUGGACUUGUGUAAGUAUUUUCAUCUUACUGAAAAUGGAUCACUCUUUAAUUUUCUUCAUUAGGUCUUUUGUAUUGUUUGUAAAACUUGAACGUCCAUUCUCAAAGAAAAGAAAAACAGUUAUAGAGAGUGAACUGUGCUGUUCGUAACUAAAAGAUUAAUGACUUGAAUUGCAUCAAAACAAGUGAUUGACUGGAAGUUCACAUUUUAACCACUUCAGCCAGACAGUUACAAACUAGAUUUGUAAAACCACUGCCUAUUUUAAUGUGAGUGAAUUAUAUAUCAGUGUUUUUGCCACUCUUUUUGCCAAUAAGUCCAUUUACAUUUGUUAGAAAGAUGUUUUUAUUCUGGGGUACUGAAGAUAAUUUAUGGUUGUUUUUCAUAAAACUUUCAGACAAGAGGAAUGUAUCUGUACUUCACAUAAUUUGAUGAUGUGUGUUUGCUGGGCUUGUACAGUUUUUCCAUUGACUAUCAAGUUUUACUAGAUUCUUCUCCUAUGUGAAGAAAAUAUGCAGAUACUAAACUCGAUGUGCCAUUUAAAUGUAUGAUUGGAUUGAUGUUUAUUAAAAUUUUAUCUAUUGACUU